GCGAUACAUUAAGUUUACAUUGGUUGCGUUGCGGAUAAGAUCACCCCUCAAUCACCUAGUUAAGCUCGGUCCCAACACAAAAUUUGAGGGAAACACCCAGAAAUUAGAGACAACACAGGGGAAUUGACUGUAUGAACAAAUCUCAUGCUUUAAGAGUAGUCGAAUUUCGGGAUUCACUUCCGGCUGAGUUAGUCCAAAGGAGUUCCCAGAAGUCCUUUAUUAGAAAACUUAACAUAAUAUUACGGGCUGAGGGCAGUAUCUCAUUAUGAUUUACUGACACUUCUUUUUUCACCGUAAAAAAUACCUAGUUUCCUACCUAGAGACAUCACUGACCUACUGAUACUAGAUACGGGAGCCUGUUAAGUUUCUAUUACAUCCAAGCUCGUGACAAAGACAUUGAAUGUAAGUACUGCCUUGUCAUUAUAGGACUAUCAACCCCUAUUAAAAUAGUGAAAAUAUACCGGCUCCACAUGGAAUCAUACAGUUAUUUCCGAAUUCUGAUAUUGUGGUAAUCUUUUGAAUAUAUCAGAAUUGCACUUUCAACCUUGACGGUAACUAAGUUUCCUAUUUGUGCAUUAGUAUGAAAAACUCUUAGGAAGAUUGGAAGCUUAUCUAUAUAUCAACUUUAUAUCUAUUUCUAAUUAUUUUCGAUUGCUAGCACAGUUAUAUGUAAGUAUAACCAGAGUAAUGAAUAUGCAUACCGUUCAUUGUUGAAAUGUCAUUAUCAUAUGUUAUCUCUAGAUUCUUGACACAUUGUAACACAGGUGAUUCCAGUACCAUUUGUGGUUCUUAAAACGUUUAAGAAAUUUCUGUCCGCAAGCUAAAUUAAAAACUGCAUCUAAAUGUGCAGAUGGGGUUGUCAGGCAAACGACACAGUAUCUUAAAAUCGUUUCACAUACUGAAUGAUAAUUAAUUAUUAAGACAUACAUGUGCAAGUGGUGUGGAACAAGAUUUUGUAAAGUUUGUUUGGUCGGAGACUUUCAAGGAAAAAUGAAAGCUGAGGACCACUGUUUUGUUUGCAAUCAGUUAAGAUGUAUUGGAAAACGCGUUGAAUAUGUACCGUCUACAAAGAAACCAGAAACAAAAUCUAUAAAGAAAGGAGGGGCGAGAAAAAGCAAAAAGAAAACAGGAAAAAGUGCAAAAAAGACUGGGAAGAGUAAAAAGAAGAAAAAGUAGAUACAAAAUUACGUUUUUCGAUCCACGAAAUCAUAACACAAGUCACAGCUACCAAACUUUAUUUAAAGAACAUAGAUCUUUAGAAAAGUUUAUAGUACCCCAGUAGACAAAGUGUUUGAUUAGCAACAUUAUAAUUUAAUAAACAUGAGUACUCAGUAUAUUAUUGGAAAGUGGUACAGUUACACAAUGAAAUAUAUUG